AUGGAGGGAAUGAGAGAACAUUUAAAAGGAAGAGAUUUCGAAGAACAUAAAAACUGGGUAUUUAAUACUCAUCCUGAUAAAGUACCAUCAUUCAAAGAGUUAACGAGGGCGGCUUUAAUUGCGUUGCAAAAGAUCAAUCGUUUUAAUACUCAAAGUGAUACAAAAGCUUCUGUGGUAGAAAGAUUUAACAAAACCCUCAAACAGAGAUUGUACCGAGCUUUAACAGCCAAUGCUACUCUCAAGUAUCUGGAUUUUUUACCAGAUUUAGUCAAAGGUUAUAACGCGUCUGUACACAAAGCUACAGGUGUAGCACCUAAGAAUGUCACCAUGUAUAACGAUGGAAAAGUGUGGAAGAAAUUGUCCAGUAAAAAAUUGUUCGGUGCAUCCCGUAAAAGUAGAAAGUCUACCUUAAAAGCGGGGGAUAAAGUCAUGUUGAGCAAGGUUCGUAGAACCUUUAAGAAAGGGUAUUUACCAGGCUGGACAGAAGAAAUAUUCAUUGUAGAUAGAGUAUUAAAUACCUAUGUACCAUCUUACAAGAUCAAAGAAUACGAUGAAAUACCUGUCAAAGGUACGUUUUACGAGGAAGAGUUGCAAAAAGUCGAUAUGGGUGAUAAAGACACGUUUUUCCGGAUCGAAAAAGUAUUAAAGAGGAAAGACGGGAAAGCUUUGGUCAAAUGGAAAGGUUGGCCUUCCAAAUACGACAGUUGGGUAGACGCGAAGGAAAUAGUCGAUUUAUGA